CGGAGGCCAGUUCCCUAGCUCCAGCCGCGGUCGUCGCCGCCUGUGUAGUUGCAGGCGCGGCCGCCUCCCGCCAGCUCGCUCCGGGGAAAGAGAACGCGCGCGAGCUCGGGCGUCCCCGCCCCAGCCUUUCCUGGAGCCAUGAAUCCCAACUGCGCCCGGUGCGGCAAGAUCGUGUACCCCACGGAGAAGGUGAACUGUCUGGAUAAGUUCUGGCAUAAAGCAUGCUUCCAUUGCGAGAGCUGCAAGAUGACACUCAACAUGAAGAACUACAAGGGCUAUGAGAAGAAGCCCUACUGCAGCGCACACUACCCCAAGCAGUCCUUCACCAUGGUGGCUGACACCCCGGAAAACCUCCGCCUCAAGCAGCAGAGCGAGCUCCAGAGUCAGGUGCGCUACAAGGAGGAGUUUGAGAAGAACAAGGGCAAAGGCUUCAGCGUGGUGGCAGAUACACCUGAACUCCAGAGAAUCAAGAAGACCCAGGACCAGAUCAGUAACAUAAAAUACCAUGAGGAGUUUGAGAAGAGCCGGAUGGGCCCCAGCGGGGGUGAGAGCAUGGAGCCUGAGCGCCGAGAUUCCCAGGGCAGCAGCAGCUACCGGCGGCCCCAGGAGCAGCAGCAGCCGCCUCACCACAUCCCAACCAGCGCCCCGGUUUACCAGCAGCCCCAGCAGCAGCAGCCGGCGCAAUCCUAUGGUGGCUACAAGGAGCCUGCAGUCCCAGUCUCCAUACAGCGCAGCGCCCCAGGCGGGGGCGGGAAGCGGUACCGCGCUGUGUAUGACUACAGUGCUGCCGACGAGGACGAGGUCUCCUUCCAGGAUGGGGACACCAUCGUCAACGUGCAGCAGAUCGACGAUGGCUGGAUGUACGGGACCGUGGAGCGCACCGGCGACACGGGGAUGCUGCCGGCCAACUACGUGGAGGCCAUCUGAGCCCGCCGGGCACCGCCCGCCCCAUCUGUCUUCAGCGCAUUCCACGGCAUCGCAUCCGGCAUCACAUCCGUCCUGGGCGUGACCUGUCCACCCUUCAGUGUCUGUUUUUUUAAAUCUGCGACAGCUUGUUUAUUCCUACCCUCCUCCAGCUUCUUUUGCCGACCGAAGCCUUGUUCUGCCACUUUCGCGGGCUCCUUCCUCUGACAGGUUUUUCCCUUGACCAGCUUCUCGGUUUUCUCUCUGGAUGGAACAGGUGUGGACCUCUCUGGGGGGGCGAGGCCCGUGGGGCUGGUCUGGAAUGGGAGACCUGUUGGCUCCCAGGCCUCUGCCUUCUCUCUUUUCUGCCCCCUCAGACCCUACCGCCCACCUCCUCACACACCCAAACAUUCCAGGGCUGGGGUGAGCCCCAGACCCCAGGGCCCCCAGGGGAGGGGCUCCAUACCUUCCCAGGAGUGAGACUCCACUGCCCUUGCCCCUGGGAUGGGGCCGGGCCGGGGGCUGCCAUUGUGUAGGGACCAGUGAGAUGGGCUUCGCCUCUGCUUCUCAGAGGUGGGCUGUGGGCCCUCCAAGGAGUCUCACACCCUCCCUCUCUCAAGGACAACAAAGGAGGGAAAGCUCCCGCUGUGGGAUUCAUUCAUCCUCCCCACGAGUGUUCCUCCUCACACUGUGAUUUUGCCCUCCUGCCCAUGCAGACCUGGUGUGGGUGAGGAGCUCCCCAGGAGCGUGGCUUGGGUCAAGCUCUCACCUUUCUUACUUUUAGGGACCCCUGCGGGGAGGAGGUGAACGGCGCAGUCCUUUGCCCUCACUCCCACCCCCAUCUCCAGGGACCCUGGCUGGCCUCCUUGGCUGGAAGUGUGGUUCUGAAAGGUGGGCAAGGAAGCCUCGGGCCUUGUGGCCACGGCCCAGCCCCCUGAGAUCUGGGUUAGGUGAGCCAUUCCUCCCUGCUCCUCAUGGGAAGAUGUUUCAGGCCAUCCACGGCCUCUUCUCCCAGACCUGACGCCAAGUGGACUGGAACUGUGCACAGCCACAGGACCCUCUGUAUCCCCAGGACUUAGUGUGUGUGUUUGUGACAGGCUAGUGUGAGCAUGUGAGUGUGAGAGAAGGGGGCAGGUGCAGUCCUGCAGGAGACUGGGCUUCUGUGAGGGUGCACAGAGCUGUCCUCCCCUGAUGUUUUCCUCAAAACCCACAGCGAAAGAGGAGGGCCCUAGGGGAGAGAAGUUCCUAGUUUUCUUUGGAGUGAAAAUUCCUCCUUUCCUUCUAUCCCCAAGUGGAGGAAGCCCCCAUACCGUUUUCAGUGUGCUGGGCAGAAGCAAAGGGACGAUUGAGGAGUUGGGCGGCUGGUGGUGUGGCUGGCUGGGGUUGGGGAAAAGCUUCAUGCCUCCAGACAUAUUCUCUUCCCCCAUUUCUGUGUCCUGGGCUGCAGAGUAGGGGACCAGAGGCCCCUGUGUCACCCACACUGUGGGUGCCUCACUCAGAGCCUCUCGCUUACCCAGAGCCCCCUUGACGCAGAAGGAGAGGUUCCCAGGGCUAUAAAACUGGAAGCACAGACCCCGGGAUGAGGAAGGGAAAGAUGGUGCUAUCUCCAAGUCCCUUCUCCUGCUCGUUGGUGGCUGUGACGACCCUUGCCUAGCUUUACUCAUCUCUGGGCUUUCUUGUCACCCCUCUGGGUCUCCGUCUCCCAUCAUCACCCUGCAUCCACUCAGGCCCCACAGUUGACAUCUUUGCAUCCUUGUACCCUGGAGGGGAGGAGGGGCCUGCAGGUGGAUUCAGUAGUCAAGUCCUCACUGCUUGUGAGUUGACUUGGGAAUAUUUACCCCGAAUCAGAGGGUUGAGGAAAUGGCUGUGGGGGAGGAGACCUGCCUGACCCAUCUCUUGAACUCCUUGGCCCCAGCUGAGGUGAGGGCAGAUGGAGUGUCUUAUACUGGACCAUUUAGGGGAUGAGGGAGGCAGAGGGAACAAUUUUGGGAGCCUUGGGGGAGGCGCUGGUCAUUCCGUUUCCUCUUGAUCUCAAAGCACAACAUUGAUUCUGGGACCAAAGGUCAGAGACACAUCCUGUUGGAGGACCUGCGGUUGGGAGGGUAGUGAGAGGCCGGGAGGGGGACCAGGAGGAGCAAGAAGCAGCCUGUGUUCACUCAGCUUAAUUUUCCAUCUGAAACAAAGCAAGCCAGCCACUACAGUCUUGCUGCUGGCCCCUCUAUUCCUCCAUCCUAAAAAUAGGGGAGCUUUUCUUACACACACCCAGAGAGAGAAGGGACUGUCUAUCACACUGGUGCUGAGGGACCCAGGGGCUGCUGGGAGUCCUUGUUCCUUUCCAGAACCUUCCAUCCCUAGAAGAGCACAGAACCUGAGGGCUGGGCCAAGUCCCUGGUCUUUUCUUACAGCUCACAGAGGUCUUUUAGCCAAUCUAAUCCCAGGAAAGAAGAUGCAUCAAAGCUACAAUGUGAAUAUAACUUUAGUGGACCAAUAAUAAAAUACAAGAAGCCCAAUGGUGAGAAAAGCAAAUUCUCUCAACACUGCUUCCUGUUUUCUUCCUCAUGUCCCUCCAGGGAAAACUACUUUGUUGCUUAAUUUCUGCCUUUUCCCCCUCACAUAUGCACUUUUGGGCCUUUUUUUUAUAGCUGGAAAUAAAAAAUACCACCCUGCAAACCUGUAUUUAAAAAGGAACAGAAAUGACCGUGUGAAAUUUGCCUCUGUCCAAACAUUUCAUCUGUGUGUGUGAAGCCGUCCAUUCAUCUUUUUAUAUGGGGUGGUUGUCUUUUCUUGGUCUGUUUUGGUCCCCUCCCUCGUGGGCUUGUGCUUGGGAUCAAAUCUUUCUGGCCUGUUAUGAUUCUGAACAUUUGACUUGGACCACAAGUGAAUCUUUCUCCUGGUGACUCAAAUAAAAGUAUAAUUUUUACCUGUG